UCGAUGGAUAACUACAUCAUUCCCGCUUCCUCGCUAUUGAGGGUUCUUCAGGGAAUUGUUGUUGCUACAAAAUUACCUCAAAGUAAAACUGAGCCUCUUGUUCAAUGUUUUUCUGGUGGCGUAACAGGCACUGAUAUCCGCCCUGCUGACAGGGAGUUAUCCCUUUCGGUUGGGAAAUGGCGUGAUGAAGUUUAUUCUAUUCCCGAGGAGAAUAAAUCGGAGAAAGAUGGUCUGCAACAUCUAAGCAACCUCGCUAUUGGAAUCGCCUUCCUCCGCGAACAAGGCCGACAGAGCCAGGAUGCAGUCACUGGCACAGAAUUAGCUACCGUCUGGGAGAUGGUUCAUGGCGCGCUGACCAGUGCACUGCUAAGUCAGCCCCAGUUCCAAGCAUCUCGCAGCGCACAGGGGUUCCUGGCCGUUCCGCUCUGCAGUCUAAUCGAGAACGGGAAUAUCUCGGAGCUUUUUCGGCUUCAUGUCUGGCUACCUGAUGGACAGCGGGGAGCUGAGGCCUUCGCCGUGCAUUCUCAUCAGCCCUUUGCGCAGAGUUGGAUCCUGGCCGGCGAGGGUGUCGAUCAUUCAUUUAAUGUGGAGGGUGUCACGGAUGAAGCGAUGUCGACUCAUGCCGAGUACAGGCUAGCCUGGAAUGAUGGGAAGAAUACAGGGGCGAGUUAUAAAACACAUCAGAUAUCGUCUACUGUUGUGAGGUCGGGAAGGAUGGUGCGGGUAAUCCCAACAGGGUCGAAGGUGCAUACGCGGGAUAUGAGCUAUACCAUUCCAGCCGCCGUUUUUCAUCAGACAACGGUUCAGCCUGAUACCCUGCAUGCUACACUUUUCUUCUUCGAUGCCUCACGAGGGUUUGUCAAGGAUGCACCGGUUCUAGGUCCAAAGGAUAUGGAGUCAUCGACGCAGCUGCGCGAUCCUGCUGGUGUCACACCCGCGGCACUGGCGACUAUGGUAGAGGCCGUUCGAGCAUGGGAGAUACUGAUGGACCAAGGACAGGCCCACUCGGAGCGUGCAGAGUGGGAACAUGCGUUGCGAUCUUUCAGCCACGCCCUGAGUCUUUGUGGGCCAGCCAGCAAGUUGCCGAAUCCAGAUAGCUACAACCAUAUCGUUCUGGCUAGGCUCGGAUAUACUAAUAGACGAUUUGGAAGAUAUGAAAAGGCGGAGGGGUAUCUGGAAGCUGCAUUGCAAGGGCUGGGGUCGACACCUUUACAUGUUGAAGUUAGUGGAGAGCUGGGGGUGGUCUAUCGCCAUAUGAACCGUCUUGAGGAUGCAAAACGGGCAUUUGAGAAGCAGUAUGAGAUAUCAAAAGCACUCAAUCUGGAACGAGCUACAUGUCGUGCAAUUGGAAAUUUGGGGAUGGUGAACUACCAGUGCUCACAGGAGAUGUUGGAUCUGGCUAUUGAGCAGCUAAAAGAGCGUGUUGAACGUGCUGAACUGAUUAAGAGGUCGACAGCCCCAGAGCAAAGGAGUGAACCCACGGUCUGGAAAACCAUUGGAUUGUCUCGUCUUUCACUGUGCUACACGGCCAAGGGGCUCAAGAAAGAAGCUACUGACGCCGCUUCGGAAGCUCUAAAAGCGGCCCUCGACAUGCAUGACCCAACAGUGACUGCCAUGUCCCAAUUUUUCUAUGGGCGUGCUUUACUUUUAGACGGGCAGAAGAAGGAAGCUUUGCAACACUUCAACCCAGUCGGAACAUGUACUCCGGCGAUGGCAUUAUGUAAGGAGCCUUCCGACGAGCAUCUAGUACAUCUACGCGAAGUAGUUGACGCCGGGGCAAACAUGGACCUUGUUGACGAGCAUGGCUACAGCGCACUUGAUUACGCCGUAUUCUGCGGCAGCAAACCUGCCGAAGAGGUUGUCCUCGAUGGUCUUCGCAGGCAAUUCUUAGAGCAAACCGAGAACGAGCUCCUCAACCGUAAAAGCGAAGCUCGAAUUCGCAAGUGCUAUCGGGAACUGUUCCAGGAACACCUACGUCCGGUACUACUUGACAGCGAUGGCGCUGACCGACUCCAGCAUCUGCGACGGGUAUAUGCGGAGACACUAGCUGCAGAUAAAGAGAAAAGCGCCGUAUUUGAUGGAUUCAAGUUUGUGUGGUUCUCGGACUUUGUGCUGAACGGUCGACUUCCACGGUCGAAUCAUGGACUCACGCAGCAUCUCAAGGAUCUUACGCCUGACAAGGUGCCGGACUAUGUGGUCUUUAUAUCAUAUCGGUGGAUAGGCGAUGGGACUGCUAUUCCAUGUCCGGAUGAUAAUAAUCACUCGCAGUAUCAACGAAUGAUCCAAGCUGUCAACCAGUUUCUAGCAUCAUCAUCCGUAAAUGCGGAGAAGUUAGGCAUUUGGCUGGAUUGGGCCUGUGUCAAUCAAGAUAACCCCUCACCGGGAGUGUCUGCCCUCCCACUAAACCUGGCACAGUGCGACGCUGUGAUCAGCCUUCUUGAUAAUGACUACCACAGUCGUGCGUGGUGCUCUGUCGAGGUGAUGAUGGUGCAAAUGCUGCGAAAGUCUUACCAUCUACACUCAUGGUAUGAACAUACAAAGUUUGAUACUGGCGACUGGGUUCUGCACGAGGGCCCAUUAACAUUCAAGCCAGAAGUUGCAGGCAAGCGGUUGAGUUGCGAACAGGAUCGAGCGAGGAUUUUGUUUUUGGAAAGACAGACCAGACUGCUUGGGCGGGUGGAAUAACGGGUCGAAUAGUUCGCUGGAGUUGGUGGCGAGGAAUCAUGAGCGAUGACUAGACUAGAUGAUGCUAUCAAUGGGGACAUAUUAAAUAAGGAUAAAGAAGGGGUAUACAUGUAGAUGGACAAAAGUACUGCAUGAUAAGUGGUGAAAUGGUCUGGUGAUUCUUUGGCCUGGCAGAUCGUCAGUAGUGUUUCACUUCAUCCGCAAAAUCCCUCCAAGAUUUCAUGUGAUGAUGAGGCUAUAAUAUUCAUAUUGUAGUCAGCAGUUGUAAUUAAUAAUCUGAAACAAUGCCGUCACUGCUACUAUGAUACGGCUGGGAGUACAUGUAUGAUGGAAUAUGCGCAUACAUGUAAAUAUUUUCAUUCCUUUCCUCCGCCCUCAUCUUCGGAUUUCUCACACCAUCAUAUUGAUCAAAAUAUUAUUCUAGUAUACAUACCCU